AUGCCGUCCGCCUACAUUGAGCGAUCCAACGAACCACUCAUUGGAGCCAUCGACCAGGGCACCACCAGCUCUCGGUUCCUCGUCUUCAACACCAAUGGCGACCUGAUUGCAUCCCACCAGCUCUCCUUCACACAGCUCUAUCCUCGCCCAGGAUGGCACGAACAUGACCCCGAGGAGCUCGUCUCCUCCGUCGAGGAGUGCAUCGAUGUCGCCAUCGACUCUCUAGAGCGCCUGGGUCCGUACUCCCGCGACCUCAUCCAAGCCGUCGGUAUCGCAAACCAGCGCGAAACCACCGUGGUCUGGGACUCGGAAACGGGCAAGGCCCUGCACAACGCCAUCGUUUGGACCGACGCCCGCUCCCAAGACAUUGUCCACGAGCUCCGCCAACGGCCCGGCGCCGAGGACCUCGCCGCGCGGUGCGGCAUCCCUCUCUCCACCUACCCCUCCAUCACCAAGCUCCUCUGGCUGCUCGACAACGCGCCCGAGGUCCAGGCCGCUUACGAGCGCGGCACCCUCGCCUUUGGCACCGUGGACUCGUGGCUCACCUACAAGCUCAACGGCGGCGUGUACCGCGGGGUCCACGUCACAGACCCGUCCAAUGCAUCCCGCACCAUGUUCAUGGAUCUCGAGUCUCUCAAGUACGACGACGACCUACUUUCCUGGUUCGGCAUUGACCCCACCAAAAUCCAGCUGCCGCGCAUCGUGCGCUCCUCCGAUCCGGAAUCUUACGGUACCCUAUUUGGCACCUCGCUCCGCGGCGUCAAGAUCACCGGAUGCCUAGGAGACCAAUCCGCCGCGUUGGUAGGCCAAAACGGCUUUUCUACGGGCCGCGCCAAAAACACGUACGGCACCGGCUGCUUCCUCCUCUGCAACGUCGGUCCCAAGCCCGUCCUCUCCGAGCACGGCCUCUUGUCCACCGUCGCCUUUGAUUUCGGCAAAGGAAAAGCCAUGUACGCCCUCGAGGGCAGCGUGGCCGCCGCCGGCUCCAGCGUCGAAUUCCUCAAAAACAGCCUUGGCCUAAUCGACUCGGCAUCCGACGUCACGGAGCUGGCCGAGACCGUGGAUGACAACGGAGGCUGCAUCUUCGUCACCGCUUUUAGCGGGCUCUUCGCCCCUUACUGGAUCCACGAUGCCCGGGGCACUAUUUUCGGCCUCACGGGUUUCACCAAGAAGGGUCAUAUUGCGCGUGCCACCCUCGAAGCCACGUGCUUCCAGACCAAGGCCAUCCUGGAUGCCAUGGCCAAGGAUAGCGGACGCAGCUUGACGGAUUUGGCCGUGGAUGGCGGCAUGUGUCACUCCGACCUGGUCAUGCAAACUCAAGCAGACAUUAUCGGCAUCCCCGUCAAGCGCCCCAUGACCCUUGAAGCUACCGCCCUCGGAGCCGCCAUCGCGGCAGGCAUGGCAGUCGGGGUGUGGAGUAGCUUCGAGGAUCUGGAAAAGCUCGAAAAGAGCCGCGCCGUUUUCGAACCCAAGAUCACGGCCAAGGAGGCAAGCCACCGGUUUGCGCGCUGGGAAAAGGCUGUGGAGAUGAGUCGAGGAUGGCUAGCUUAG